AUGCGCUCAGGAGCUUAUACAUUGCAAGAGACACUAACAGCCGAGGCUGCUUCAAUCUUGAAGCACUCUUUAGGCUUAGCACGUAGAAGAGGCCAUGCACAAAUCACACCUCUUCAUGUUGCUGCUACAUUGUUGAGUUUAUCUUCUUCUUCCUUAAGAACCGCAUGUCUCAAAUCACAGCAACAGAAUAACCAUCCUCUACAAUGUAGAGCUCUUGAACUUUGUUUCAAUGUUGCUCUCAACAGACUUCCAACUAUAACAACUACUACUCACUCUUCUCCUUUGCUUCAGCCUCAUCAACAUGUUCCUUCUCUUUCUAAUGCUCUUAUUGCUGCUCUUAAACGAGCUCAAGCUCAUCAAAGAAGGGGGUGUAUUGAGCAAAAUCAGCAGCAACCUCUUUUGAGUGUCAAGGUUGAGCUUGAUCAGCUUAUUCUUUCUAUUCUUGAUGACCCUUCUGUUAGUAGGGUUAUGAGAGAAGCUGGUUUUCAAAGUGUUUCUGUUAAAAACAACUUAACACAAAAAAGCUCUUCAAAUUCUAGCCUUUCAGUUUUUCAUUCUUCUUCACCUUCUCUUAGUCAUAACAAACAUUUCUUGAGUUCUUAUGGUUAUGGUUAUGGUUAUGGUUAUGGAUCAGUUCUUUUUUCUCCUCAGAAGAAACCACAAGUGUUUAAUAAUAAUAAUGAUAAUCAUAGAGAUGAUGUUAAUGUUAACCUUGUUUUUGAUGUUCUUUUGAGGAAGAAGAGAAACACGGUGAUAAUCGGCGAUACGGUUGCGUUAACCGAAGGACUAGUUGGUGAGUUGAUGGAGAGAUUCGAGAGAGGUGAAGUUCCUGAUGAGAUGAAAAAAGCUCAUUUUGUGAAGUUUAAUAGUCUUGCUUCGGUUUCUGGUUUGAAAAGGGAAGAAGCUGAGAUGAAUGUUGUAAGAGUGUUGAAAAGGAAGGUUAGUGAAUGUGUUGCAUUAGGUGGUGGUGGAGGUGUUUUUUAUGUUGGAGAUUUGAAGUGGAUAGUUGAAUCUGAUCAUGAUGAUGAUGAUGGUGAUGAGAAUUUAAGUGAUUAUAUUGCAAAUGAAAUAGGAAAGUUGUUUGGUGAAAAAGGAAACAACAAGAUUUGGCUUAUUGCAACAGCUAGUUAUCAAACAUACAUGAGAUGUCAAAUGAGGAUACCGAAUCUCGAGAAUCAAUGGUGUCUUCAAGCUGUUCCUGUUCCAUCUGGUGGACUUGGUUUGAGUCUUCACUCUUCAAGUGUACAUGAUUCAAAAAUGAGCAUAACUCAAAACCCAUCUCUUAUGAUGGAAUCAAAGCUCUUUAGUAACAAAGACGAACAUGAUAAGCUUAAUUGUUGCGAAGAAUGUGGUUCGAGUUAUGAAAAAGAAGCUCAAUUGUUCAAACCACCUCAGAAGAAUCUGUUGCCUUCAUGGCUUCAGUCUCAUAGCACAGAGGUGAAUCAUCAUAAGGAUGAGUUAAUCCAGUUGAAGAAAAAGUGGAACAAUUUGUGCCAAUGUCUCCACCAGAACAAACAACCUCAAAACCAUUGGAACAACCUUUACAAUUCAAAUGCAAAGAUCUAUCCUUAUAAUUCAUCAUACCCUUAUUGGCCAAACCAAGGUAGUAGUAUUCUGCCAGAUUCAUCAAGUUCAAUAUCUUUUGCUGAUUCUGUAACCAAACCAGCUUAUAGCUCAAACAUUAUACCUCGGUUCCGGCGCCAACAACAAUCAUCCACCAUUGAGUUUAAUUUCAAUGAUGAAAAAACACAGAAAAACCAAAUGGCAGCAACGAGCUUGGAUUCUCUUAAGGGUAUUAUGGAUGAAACUAAAGAAGUAACGACAGCUCUUGCGCUCGGAACCUCAACAUUCAAUGGUUCGGACCUUAAAAAAGUCGAAAAUUUACAAAUAGAUCAUAUUUGUAAAGUGUUGCAGGAGAAUGUUCCAUGGCAAUAUGAAGCAGCAAGUUCUAUAGCAGAAGCUUUGGUUGAUUCGAAAUUGACGAAGGAAUGUGCUACUUGGUUGUUUUUGCAGGGGAAUGAUUCUGUUGGGAAGAAAAGGUUGGCACUUGCAAUUGCAGAAUCUGUCUGUGGAUCAGUUGAUAUGUUAUUUCAAUUGGAUAUGUUGAAAAGAGAGAAUUCAGAAACACCCUUUUCUGAAAUAGUUGUUGGGCUAAUGAGAAGCCAUGAAAAGUUUGUUCUUUUGGUUGAAAAUGCUGAUUUUGCUGAUACCCUUUUGAGGAAAUUGAUUGAAGAUGAAUUUGGGAUAGGAAAGUUUGGAACUUUAGGCCAAAAGAUAUUCAUAUUGACCAAUGGAUGCAAUGUGGUUAGUGAAGAUCAGAAGAAGGAUUCUGUGAUGAAGUUGGUUUUGCAGAUUAGUGAAACUGAAAAAAACCCGACUUUGGAGUUAUCUUCGUCUUCGUCAUCAUCACCUUGUUUGAGUUUUAAAAGAAGGGCUGAACUUGAUUUGUUUAGCAAGAGUAAGUAUCCAAGGAUUGAAGAAAAUGAAGGGAACAAAAAGAUAGAAUUUUCAUUUUCAAGACAAUCAAGUUUCAACAACACUCUUGACUUGAACAUGAAGGCUAAUGAUGAAGAAGAAGAUGAUGAUAAUGAUGAUAAUGUUCAUGAGGGAGAAAAUAGUCCAAUUUCAAGUGAUUUGACAAGAGAAACAUUAGGAGAACAUUUGAUCUCGAAUGGUUCACUUGAUUCAAUUGAGUAUUCGUUCGAGUUGAAUCAAACUCCGGGUAAGAACAAGGAAACGACAGAGAUGUUUAUGUCAAGGAUAAAAAUGUCAUUUAAGGAGGUUUAUGGGAAUGUAAAGUUUAGUGUACAAGAUAAGGUGAUAGAGGAAAUUGGUGUUGGGUGUGAGGGUUUUACUAACAACAUGUUUGAGAAAUGGCUAAAAGAGAUUUUUCAAACAAGUUUAGAAAGAGUUAAUGGUGGGGGUAAAGAUGGUAUAGUUUUUACACUUUGUUGGGGUGGUAAAGAGGAUAGAAAAUGGGAUAGAGGGUUUAUGGGUUCAUGUUUGCCUAAAAAUAUCCAAAUUGUUAACUACUUAAUGGAUUGA